AUGGGUGAUCCUGGAUUCAUCCCUGGAUUUAUUGGUUACGCCAUUCAGUUGGCUGGAAAUCAAAUUAUCCGUCACAUCAAUGUUGCCAUCCGAUGCAGGAAAGAGUUGGAUGCCCUCAAAGUUCUGCUUGCCAGAAUUCAAACAUUGAAUGUGGAAUUGCAGGAGUAUCGAAAGGCUUUGAACUGUGGCAUGAGAAUUAGUACAUCUCCUCAGCAUCCUUUGCCCUCCGCUGUGAACACCUGGCUAAUCGAAUUGAAUGCUCUUUUGGAGGAAGCAUCUGAUUUGGCCCAGCACUGCACUGUACGCUCAUACUGUCAUCUCUUUUCUCGUUAUAGGACGAGCAAAAAGCUCAGGCAACUCAUUGAAAAUGUUGAAAAGCAUGUGGCUUCCACGCCUUCCAUUGCUUUUCUGCACCAAUUGCAGCAGCAUGUAACCAAUCGUCAAGUGCUUGAGCAAAUUAAAGAGACGGUGGAUUCUCUUAAUCUGCGCAUUUCAGCACUUGGCGGCGCAUCUGGAGAUCUCUUUCCAUCCACUUCUUCAGCCGCUUCCAACAAUAAGUAUAUUGAGGAGGCACUCGUUGUCGGACAAGAUUGUGCAUCCAACAGACUUAUGCAGCUGAUUGAUGCAGACUCAGAGCAGCACAAAAGUCUGUCUCGUUUCGGCAUAGUUGGUAAGGGAGGGGCUGGUAAGACUCUACUACUCAAACGAGUCUUCAACAGUAACCAGGUACAGAGUCUUUUUUUCAAUGGCUUGAUGCUCUGGCUUACUGUGUCACCAAAUCCAUCCUUCCAUGCUCUCAGAAUUGAACUUGUCAAACAAAUAACUCUUCAAGUGAAUGAAAGAUUGGAGAGUAGAGAGGAAGACCAUGUGAAAACUUGGUUGAAUGGAAACAUGAGAAAACACAAAUUUGUGCUGUUUUUAGACGAUGUUUGGGAAACAAGUGCAAACUCCUUGUUAGAGGGGCUGUGUGUGCCUCACUCUCCACACAGCAACUCCAACAUCAUCAUUGCCACUUCCAGAACUACUAGUGUCCUCUCACAGUUGGGCGUUCCAGCUUCAUCAAUCAUCAAAAUGCAAGACUUGACCGAGGAUGAUAGCUGGAGAUUGUUUUCCUCCCAUGCUUUUGCACAUAGCGAUGGAAUUUUGCCUUCCAGCAUUGACCAAGUAAUAGCGAGAAGUGUUUGCAAUGAAUGUGGGGGUCUUCCGUUAGCCCUCAAAGUAAUUGGGAAGACAAUGGCAGGCAUCACUCCUUCAAAUGCAUGGGAAUUUUCUCUUAAGAGGUUGCAGAAUGAUGUUACCCCAUCUCUGUAUGGCACAUUGAGACUAAGCUACGAUGCUUUGGCCAACGUGGCUGGCUAUGGAAUUUCUUUACAGUUGUGCUUCCUCUACCUCGGUGCUUACCCAGAAGGCCGUGUCAUCUAUUCCACAAUCGCCACUCUCUACUGGAUUGGAGAGGGGUUGGUAGCCGGGCCAGAUCCUGUCCAACUUGGAGAGAUAUACGUGAAUUUGUUAGCCGAUCGAUGCCUUAUUGAGCCAGUCCAGAAGGAUUACAACGGAAAAGUGAUAUGUUUUAGAGUGCAUGAUGUUUUGCACGAUUUAGCACAUCAAAUUGCUGAGAGGGAAGAAAAAUGUUUCUUCCAGGCAGGCAGGGGUUUACAAGAGUUUCCUGCGGACGACUGUUUAGGACAUGUCAGAAUUUCAUUGAAAGGCAACAAUUUGACUAGGGUUCCUAGGGCAUUCCGAGCUCCUUAUAUCCAUUCCCUGUUACUCGCUAAUAAUACUUGUUUCACAGAAAUUCCCAAAGAGGUGAUUGGGAGUAUGACCGCUCUGAGGGUCCUUGAUUUGUCACGGACUGCCCUCCAGUCCCUGCCAAAAAACAUAGGAUGUUUGAAGCAUUUAGUCUGCCUCAGGUUAUGGAAUGUGCCACUCAAGAAACUGCCCAGCUCUAUCGCUGCUCUUAGAAACCUUCAAAUAUUACAGCUUGGUGGUUCUCAUAUUUCACAGCUCCCAUCCGGUAUUUCUAAGCUGAAUUCGCUGAAAUUUCUGGACAUUAGUUGUUGUCAACAUCUGCAGUGCAUCCCUUAUGGGAUCUCUCACCUUAGAUCUCUGGAGUACUUGUAUACAUAUAAAUCUUCAAAUAUAAGGUGGAUUAAGGGUAGAGGAGAUCAGCUUUCAAUUGGUGAUUUGGGCAUCUUAAACCAGAUCAAAAGGUUAGGGUUUCAAAAUAACGGUGCAAUAAUUCGAGAAGGAAUGCUGGGAAUGAUGAAGCAGAUGGAAUAUCUAUAUUUACACCUCACAGAUAUGGAAAGGCUACCCCAUGACAUGACUACCAUGUCAAAGUUGAGGAAACUGUGUCUGGUAUGUCCUCAGUUAGUCCAGACGGAAAUUUUAAUUUGUAAAUUUCAACAUCUGAGCUACAUUAGCUUGUUUCAAUGUGAGAUGCUGAAGCAACUACCUGCCUUGCACAAACUUGGGAGUCUAAAGUACCUAGUUAUUGUUGAGUGCCCCAAAAUAGAGAAGUUUCCAGAGGAAUUUGGUAAGGAAGGAGCAUUCCCCAAGCUAGAGGUAUUUUCAGUGGUCAAGCUGACAAAGCUGGAGCAGCUGCCACUAGUGGAAGAAGGAGGACUGCCUUCACUGAGAAUAUUGACAAUAAUGCAGUGUGAGGCAUUGCAGAUUUUGCCAGAGUGUUAUUGGACUUUGAAGAGUGUAGAGAAGAUAAGAGUCUAUGGUUGCUCAAAGGUUGAAGAAAACUUUAUCAAGUCAAGGACUAAGGUGCAAACAGUAACAUUAUCUACCACAGAAACUCAAAUAUCAGAAGACCGUUACCUCUCUCUCCUUCGCAGGGGCGAACAAUUUUUUUACGGCUGUACAUUUUUGGGAAUAAUAGUUCUUGGUCCUUCUGUCAGCGUUUCUAGUUUGUUUACCAGUGUUUCUAGUCCAUAUAGCAGUGUUUUUGGUACAAACAACAGGAUUUCUGGUAUAAACAGCAAUGUUUUUGGUCAGUAUAGCAGCAUUUUUAGUUUGUCUGUUGGUGUUUCUGGUCCAAACAACAGCAUUUCUGGUUAG